AUGCUCCACUCGAUCCUGGACGAGCAGGUCUCCGUUCAAGAUCCAGAAAGUUCGGUGGUCGCGGAAGCCAUCACUCAUCCAAACUUUCGCGUCGUCUCUAUUUUCGUUCUUGGUUGGGUAUUUCAGUAUAGCACGUAUCAUAUCACGCGUUCAGCUCUGCUUCGCGAGUUUUUCCGCCGAGUCUCUCGAUUGUUGCGCCUCAAUGGACAUCCCCAGGUGGCAAGCGAUGUCGAGGCAUCUGUUAAUAAUGACCAAGCUCCUAGGCAGGCCACUGGAGUCAACGUGUCAAUCACGCAGCAAGAGGCCAACGACAGUGCCUUUGUGUUCGUCCUCAAUCUAUGCUUUAUUUUUGCUUCGUCUGCGAAUUUUUGCUCGUUGCUUGACAUGGGUACCACGCACAGCGGUGCAAUCGCAUGCACAUUCGUGAUAGCCUGGGGGAGCAUGGCUUCUCAUUCAAUACGCAUCGCAGGACUGCUGAUGCUCAGCUGGCAACUGAAGCGAUUUGGCGUCAAACGUUGGGAAAGUUACGCGUUUUGGUUGGGGUUGUUCGCCGCUCUUGGGCUUGUGUUCGGCUUGAACGCAACAGGUACGGGGACCACCCAGUACAGGACCGUGGGUUCAACAGGUACAUCCAUAUGCUAUAGGCAAUACUUCUUUCCAUUAUCAUUAUCCCUUUCUGCAACGUUGAUUGUCCUUGAGCUCUACGCUGUCAUUCGCAUGGUGUCUAUGGGACAUAUACUAUCCUCGCGUCUUCACAUGCGUUUCCGCGAUCGUUUGAACAUUCAUGUUGCCAGAGGGGCAAGUUUACUUGUGCUUGACAUCUUCACCAUCGUGCCUUCCGCUAAGUGGGUCAAUACGCUUGCCGAAUUCGUUCCUUUCAGUCUGGGUGCUCUUCUAGUCAUCGCAUGUUUCAAUUACCCAAAUCGUGCUGCUUUCUACGAUGGAAAUUGUGCAUCGCCCGAUCAGAUUUAUGUGGAUCACCCCGUUAUCGAUAUCAAGGGGUUAUCCGAGCCCAGGCGUACGUCCCUGCUCAGCUCGGAUCCUUUCAUUCUACACUUUCUGGAAAGUCCAUCGUCAACUAAGGAUCCUGCCAGACCUCAUGAAAACCGUGUCAGCCGUGCAGCUACCGAGAACAUCGUUCGCAUAACUGCCGAGCAUGAGGAAGUUGGAGAGCUUCCUACGAGUGCUCCAGCAGAGGUCACAGACGUGCCACUUCGCCCGCCGCCACGAUCGCAGAAAAUUCUGCCGAGUCAGGUUCAAUACGCGGAACAGCUAGAACGAGAGGAGAAAGCCGCAGCUGCAGUCUCCGCCACUUUGCCCUUAGGGCCCAUUGUCCGGCCACCGCGUCAGCGACCCAACAUCUUCGUGGUCACCAACAAAGACUCACAACCCGAGAAAGCAAGAGAUUCGCAGUCGACAAUUCUGGGCUCCGACAUCAUACGAGUGUCAACUUCUGCGCGUAGCAAGAAGCGUUCACAAAGGGAGCCAAAGUUGCGCAGCCCGGAGUCGUUAGCACCGUCCGCGUUUACUUUCACUUCUCGCCAUGAUUCCGCCGCGACGACACGCACCGCACUUCCCAGCACAUCGUUGAGCUCGCCGUUCACGGAGGCAUCUGCGGACGGGUUCCGAAGAGACAGUGCUGUCUCUCCUGAUGAGUCUACGCGGGGCUAUCCCUGGAGGAUGUGGUCCGGCCUGUCCAACACGUCUGCGCGUACAGCUACCAGAGAAGAGGCGGGCAGCAGUCCCAUUCACCUGCCUACGCCUUCAUCCGCCCGCGUGCGUAGCAAGCGAUUCACGUUUGGGCAGUUACCGCCAUCGAGCACGAAGCGCAGCAAGACCUCAAGCUCCUCCUCUCAGCGUGGAGAUAUUGUCGCGGUCCCUCCCCCUACCGUAUCCCGACCGGUAUCCUCGGGGAGAAGGUUUGGCCCUUCUCUUCCCUACACACCCUACCCUGCUAGUCCCCGUGUCUAUCCUCAUUCUCUUUCAGUGAGCCCUGGCGUCGGGCGCAGUGCGACUAUGCCUGGCGCGAGGCCUCGUCCUCCGCCCAUAACUAUUCCGCCCCCACCACGCAUGGCCCUAUGCCAGCCUACCGACACUCCGUCCUCGCCCAUGCUGCAGGAGUAG